AACUGGUGUGCUUUUUGAAAUGCUGUCUGGAGCAGAGUUCGUGCUUUCACCCAUUGGCGUGACGAAAAUAGUAUCAUUGCUAUGCAUGGUCAUUGCCGGGAUGAUUUUCAUUACCGCCGGCGAUUGUAGCGAAUCAAAAGUUUGGGCAGCCACAUAUAUCACGGUGACCACCGGAAGCGCUGUAUUCACGAUGGUUUCCUACUCCAGCUACGCAUUGGAUUUAGUAAAGUCUGAAACGGGCCUGAAAACACAACACAUCACAGUGCUGACGAUAUCUUACGUCGUUUUCUUCAUUUUGCUCAUCGUUUCCAUUAUAACAAUGACCCAGUGCUCACAUUCGCUGCAGGCCAUUCAAAAAGUUCCUGAACCCCUUACCAUAGCGGCUGCCGUGCUUUUGGCUCUCUGUGGUACGGUUUUGUUCCUUCGCUGGCGUGCAACUGUGCAACCGGAAGAUCCUCAAGAACUGGCCAGCACGGAAAGACGCAGGACCGAGAGUCAAUUCGAAGACCAUCAAAUACCCCUCCCACGGAAGUCAGUCAUGGUGUAACUAUAUUUUCAAUAAGUAAAUUUGUAUUUAACAUCAGCUCAAAUCAAGAACAACAGCUUCUUCGGGCACCAG